AUGAACAGGGAGAUUAACAUUGGAGCAGUGAACCCAAACGCCUGUGCCGCCUGUAAACACCAGAGAAAGAAGUGCGAUGAGAGCUGUGAAUUGGCCCCUUAUUUUCCAGCAAGUCGCUAUGGAGAAUUUCAACAUGCCCAGAAACUUUUCGGCAUCAGCAACAUUCAAAAGAUCAUAAAUUCGGUUCAGCCAAAUCAACGACAUGCAGCUGCUGAGUCCAUUUUAAUGGAGGGUAACAUCAGGUAUAAUGAUCCCGUGCAUGGCUGCGUUGGUGUCGUCUGUAGACUUAAGUCUCAGAUUGCUUUAUAUCAGAGUCAACUUAAUGCUGUUCAUCAACAACUAAAUAUCUUGCGUGAAAGGGAGAAACAAAAGCAUUUUGAAGGCCUUACAAAGGGUUCAGCGCCAUCGUCAUCAUCACCAUUCGCAGCACCAACGCUGAUUCAGAACGAUUUUGAUGCUUUCAACUUUCAGCCUUCAACCCCACCUACUCAUCUUCAAGCUGGUAUCUACAAUUACCAGUCAACUAUAGAAGAAGGUGAAGAUGUGAAACCUUUUGACAUGCAAGGCAUUGAUCCCAUGCCCGUGGAGUACCCGUAUCAGAUUGAGCAAGCUCUUACUUGUUUUGAUGAACCCGGAAACCCUAAGUAA